AUGGCUCCUCACAUCAACGGUUCCAAUGGCAUCUCAAAUGGCGUCAAUGGCACCCGCCAGAACUUCUUUGAGGAUUUCGGCGUCUGGAAGGAGGCCCCAGUCUUGACGGGGACCACCAAAUUCGAGCCUCUGCCAGAUGUGAAGAACAUCAUGAUCACUGGAGGAGCCGGCUUCAUUGCAUGCUGGCUUGUCCGACACCUGACGUUGACGUAUCCCCAUGCGUACAACAUCGUGUCCUUCGACAAAUUGGAUUACUGCUCAUCUCUCAACAACACACGCAUGUUGAAUGACAAGCGGAAUUUCACCUUUUAUCAGGGCGACAUCACCAACCCCACAGAGGUGGUAGACUGCCUCGAAAGGUACAACAUCGACACCAUCUUCCACUUUGCAGCGCAGUCUCACGUCGAUUUGAGCUUUGGUAACUCGUACGGUUUCACGCACACCAAUGUGUACGGAACCCACGUGCUCCUGGAAAGCGCCAAGAAAGUGGGGAUCAAGCGGUUCAUCCACAUCUCGACGGACGAGGUCUACGGUGAGGUCAAGGACGACGAUGACGACCUCCUCGAGUCCAGCAUCCUGGCCCCAACCAACCCGUACGCGGCGUCCAAGGCCGCAGCAGAGAUGCUGGUGCACUCGUACCAGAAGAGUUUCAAGCUCCCCGUCAUCAUCGUCCGCAGCAACAACGUCUACGGCCCGCACCAGUACCCGGAGAAGAUUAUCCCCAAAUUCACCUGCCUUCUGAACCGGGGCCUGCCGGUCGUGCUCCACGGCGACGGCACCCCGACGAGGCGAUACCUGUUCGCGGGAGACGCGGCGGACGCCUUCGACACCAUCCUCCACAAGGGCCAGCUAGGCCAGAUCUACAACGUCGGUUCCUACGACGAGGUCGCCAACCGCGACCUCUGCGUCAAGCUCCUCGAGCAGUUCGGCAUCCCGUACGAGACGCCAGACGACGUGCAGAAGUGGGUCAAGUACACACACGACCGGCCCUUCAACGACCACCGGUACGCCGUCGACGGCACCAAGCUGCGGCAGCUGGGCUGGGACCAGAAGACGUCCUUCGCCGACGGGCUCCGGAUCACGGUCGAGUGGUACCGGCGGUUCGGCGAGCACUGGUGGGGCGACAUCUCGAAGGUGCUGUCGCCGUUCCCCGUCGUCAAGAACAAGGAGGUCCUCAGCGACAAGGAGGAGGUGACGGACAUGCCUCAGCCCAAGCAGAAGGUCGCCGGCGGUACCAACGGCUCUGCGAAGGAGUACUUCCAGGUGGCGUAG